CGGAUUUGAUUGUCCGCGAUAGGACCGACUUCCCUCCCUUUGUUCCUCGUAGGAAGAUCGUUUCUUCCGUCACGCUCCUAGAAGGAGAGGCCCCGAAGGCGGGAGAUAGAAAAGACGAAUCAAAGAUUAUUGAACAAUCGUGCCGGAAAAACCCUCUUUGAUUAAUCAGUCUCCAGAUGUUUUGAUGUGCAGUGUCCCAUCCCUGGAUCGGCUGCUGCAUGGAGACUAUACGCUGUGAACUUGUCGGCUCUGUCACUGAUUGUUCGAGUUUUCGGCUGCUUAGUUUGGAUUAAGCUGGUGUUUCUCGUAGUUGGGGGGUUAAGACAUGGAUUUGGUAACUACUUGCAAGGAUAAACUUGAAUCUUUACGGGUUAAAGAACUAAAGGAUGUCCUUACUCAGCUGGGACUCUCAAAACAGGGAAAGAAACAGGACCUUGUUCAACGGAUUUUGGCCAUUCUUUCGGAUGAACAAGCUGCCAGGUUAUGGUCUAAGAAAAAUGCUGUGGCAAAAGAUGAGGUUGCAAAAGUAGUCGAUGAUACAUAUAGGAAAAUGCAAGUAUCUGGGGCAAUUGACUUAGCAUCGAAAGGACAAGUUGGCUCGGACAUCAGUAAUGUGAAGGUUAAGGGGGAAGUGGAAGAUCCCUUUCAAUCAGCUAUUAAAGUUCGGUGUCUUUGUGGAAGUUCUCUGGAAACAGACUCAAUGAUACAGUGUCAGGACCGGAGAUGUCGCGUCUGGGAGCAUGUUGGCUGUAUUAUUAUCCCGGAGAAGCCUAUGGAAGGAAAUCCACUUCUUCCCAACUCAUUUUAUUGCGAACUUUGCAGACUUACCCGAGCUGACCCAUUUUGGGUUACCGUGGCACAUGCACUCAUUCCGGUGAAGUUGAUUGCUACAACUGUCCCAACUGAUGGUACAAACCCAAUGCAAGGUGUGGAGAAAACAUUUCAAAUCACAAGGGCAAUGAAGGACUUGGUGGCCAAACAAGAGUAUGGUGUUCAGGCAUGGUGCAUGCUUUUGAAUGACAAAGUUCAGUUCAGGAUGCAGUGGCCACAAUAUGCUGAUCUGCAGGUCAAUGGUUUGCCUGUCCGUGCCAUUAACCGACCUGGGUCACAGCUUCUAGGGGCCAAUGGACGUGAUGAUGGACCAAUUAUUACACAUUGCAUUAGGGAUGGCGUUAACAAGAUCUCCUUAAAUGGAUGUGAUGCUCGUGUUUUUUGCUUUGGUGUUAGACUUGUGAAGCGAAGAACUCUUCAGCAGGUCCUAAAUAUGAUUCCGGCGGAGGCCAAAGAUGAGCCUUUUGACGAGGCUCUUGCCCGUGUUCGUCGAUGUGUAGGAGGUGGAACUGGAGAUGAUAAUGCUGACAGUGACAGUGACAUUGAAGUCGUUGCAGAUUACUUCACUGUCAAUCUCCGUUGUCCUAUGAGCGGUUCCAGGAUAAAAGUUGCUGGAAGAUUUAAACCCUGUGCACACAUGGGCUGUUUUGACCUUGAGGUGUUUGUGGAACUGAAUCAACGCUCGAGAAAGUGGCAGUGCCCUAUUUGCCUGAAGAACUACUCGCUGGAGCAUAUAAUUAUGGACCCUUAUUUUAAUCGUGUCACAUCUAAGAUGAGACAUUGUGAUGAAGAUGUGACUGAAAUCGAAGUGAAGCCUGAUGGUUCUUGGCGUGUGAAGUCCAAAAGAGAAAUGGGUGAACUCACACAAUGGCACUUGCCUGAUGGUAAUUUCUGCCCUUCUCCUGAUGAGGUUAAAUCCAAUGUGGAAACGUUCACCGGAGUUAAACAAAAAGGUUGUUCGGAUGGUCUGACUGGUCUGAAACUUGGAAUAAGGAAGAAUCACAACGGCGUUUGGGAAGUUAGCAAACCUAGUACGAAUGGUUUUUCUUCCGGUAGCAGAGAAGAGAAGGUUCAAUAUCAGGAGCAUAACAUCAAACCGAUGAGUAGUAGUGCAACUGGAAGUGGUAGGGAUGGUGAUGACCCGAGCAUAAAUCAGGAAGGUGUCAGACCCUUUGAUUUUGCAAACAACCAGAUCGAACUUGAUUCCAUGUCCAGAAAUGUUGAUUCGGGUUAUGACUUCACUGACAGGAAUCAACCUGCAGCAGCUAGAAACUCGGAAGUCAUUGUUCUUAGUGAUUCAGACGAUGAGAAUGUCCUGAUCGCAUCUGAAGCUGCCCACAAAUGCAAUCAAACUGUAAGCCGGGUAAAUUUUCAACUCCACCCAUCUGGUAUGAUGAAUUCCUAUAAUGAAGACCCGAACACAUUGGCUGGGGCCAAUUCGGGUUUGGAUCUUUUCAACGUCGAUGAUGAUGAUUUCGGUAUGACCCUUUGGCAGUUGCCUCCUGAAAUCCAAGGAGGUCCAGGGUUCCAAAUAUUUGCACCUGAUACCGACAUCUCGGGUGGUAUGGUCCCUGUGAUGAAUGGUGGGUUCACCGUGGCUCCGGAUAAAUCAAUGGCAUCUGUACCUAUGGUUCCAGACUCGGUUGUGAGAUCUGAACCCAACACAAACAAUGGCUUAGUUGACAACAAUCCUCUGGCAUUUAGCAGAGACGACCCUUCGCUUCAAAUAUUCCUACCGACAAGAUCUGAUGCCUUGGGUCAGUCUAAUUUCAGAAACCAAGUUGACAUGUCAAACAGUAUUCGCAGAGAUGAUUGGAUCUCGCUUCGACUUGGUGACAACGGAUGUGGGAAUCAUGGAGGGGCGGCUCCUGCAAACGGGUUUAACCCGAACCAGCCAAUGUCGGGGAGGAAAGACACAUCGGAUAACUUGACAGAGACUGGUUCAUUGCUUCUGGGUAUGAAUGAGAGUAGACCCGAGAAAGUGAGCAGACAGAGAUCGAAGAGUCAAUUCUCGUUUCCUCGGCAGAAGCGUUCUGUAAGGCCCCGGCUGUUUCUCUCGAACAACUCGGAUUCCGAGUAAUAUGAAAUGAAUGAUAUAUUCUCCGGUGAUACCCGCCUGAGUUCUCUCCACUCCCCCCUGUUGUUCUACUCGACCAUAUGGCCGGGGAUGAUUUUUCGGGUGUUGUUUGAUUCUUACACCAACUCCACAUAACAAUCUUGAAGGAUCAAACAGCAGGUGGGCACUGAUUCUAUGUGGUCGGCCCUUCGGAAUCUGUGCACGGUGAGCGACUUUUCCGUUACGCUAUAUUCGGAGCUCGUCAUUUACUUCCUCAUGUUGAGAAUGGAGGGGUUCGUGCGUGAAGCGGAGACUCAUUCUUUAUAAGUUCGUUGAAGACGGGAGAGGAAGUGCUGAUUCCAUAAUUCUUUUUUUUAUAUAUAUAUUGAAAAUCUAUAACUAAAGGGUUAUUUGAUAUUAAUUGGAUAUAGAUCGGUUGGGUUUGGUUUUCAAAUAAUUGAACCAUUGGUCCAUCCCUAAUUUUCGGGUUUUAAACUGGAUUCAUGGGUGUGGAAUAUGUGAAAAUCGAGUACUCUAUUGGAUAAAUACAUUUUUUUGCUACA